AUGACGACAAACGAGGACGAUGCCGUUGAAAGCUGGAAAAAGCAGCUAACGGCACUGGAGCAAAGCAUUGCUCCGAUUAUCAAAGACGCAUGCAAAUUAGCAGAAGACGACGACGAAGUCGAAACAUUACUAGUGCAACAAGAAGUACUAACAAGCUUGUACGAUCAAGCUUGUGCAGUGAUACUGAAAAUUGAGGGCCAAACGGGGCCCUCCAAGAGACGGGAUGCUCUCCUCCCCGCAUAUAUCAAGUCCAGAGCCAGUUUGGCAAAGAGAAUACGGCAUGCGCAAUCACAGACGAAUGAACCGAGUCAGGAUGAAGGUUCAAGGCAAGUACUGGAUCAAACAAUGAUCACCGGCAAUAGCAAGGCCGAUUAUUUACCCCGAUUGGAGCUCCCGAAGUUCCGUGGGUCAGCCACCGAGUGGCUAUCGUUUAAAGCCCGCUUUGAGAAGCGGAUUGCGACCCUAAACGAGGAUGCAAGCAAAUACGCUUUCCUGGCGAAAUGUUUAGAAUACGAGCCCGCUCGUAACUCCUGCGAAGCACUCGAGAAUUCAGGAGUGCCUUUCACUGAAGCCUGGGCCAAACUGGAAGCAAGAUUCUACAAGAAACGAAUCGCAUAUGAAGGUUACUUUUACACUCUGCUGAAAAUUAAAAGGAUACAUAACGCAUCGCAAAGAGCGAUACUAGGACUGAUCGACGCUGUCGAUACACUAUUGUCCGCCACUCGACAAAUAGCAAAUGAACAACCUGGCGAACCAGAUUGCAUCGCCAAUGGGUUACUAAUAUGCUUAGUGAAAGAACGAUUGGAUGAAUCAACACUUUCUAAGAUUGAAGAAAAGUUGGACCUCCAGCGCAUUUAUGUUUGGAGCGAAUUCAAAAUAGAAUUAGAGCGGCUGGCUAACCAGAUGACUUGCAAAGUGGCUGCCGAAACGGCACACUCUAGUCAUCGACCCCAGCCGAAAGUCGUAGCAGCAAUCGAAGGCAAAGCUGCGACCACCAAAGACAAAAGGGAAGCACAGCGGUGCUACGUUUGUCACAAUGAAGGACACACAGCAUUUACGUGUCCUAAACUCACGAAAAUGAGCAUCCCAGAACGAUGGGAAACUAUCAAAGCAGGGAGGCACUGCUUUAAUUGCCUCAUACCUGGGCACUCAACGAAGGAGUGCAAAUCACAACGGAAAUGCCAAAUAUGCAGCACGAAGCAUCAUACACUACUUCAUCGUGGAGACUCUCCCAAGGGGGACGAGAUCCAACAAUUGCAUCCCGAGAAGGAUGUCAAUCAAGCACAAGCAAGGAGUCAAGUAGAAACAAUCACAGAAAAGGCUGCUCGAAGCCUAGGAAUUCCGCAACACUCGGUAAACGUAACCAUUAAAGGAGUUAGCGGACAAGCACAUGUUAAAAGGGGUAUCAAAACUGUGAUAGCCUCUCACGCAAGCAACUACAAUGAAAGUUUAGAAUUGAUCAUAGUGCCAAAGAUAUUGGACGAUCAACCAAGCACAGCUAUUGAUGAAAAGGGUAUACGGAUACCAGAACAAUUGCACCUUGCCGAUCCCCAGUUUUACAGAUCGAAUGAAAUCGACAUUCUCCUCGGAGCGAGAAUAUUUUUCAAAAUUCUAAUGCCAGGCCGGCUUAGCGUAGCCAACGGUCUUACGUAUCAAGAGUCCAGCUUGGGCUGGAUUGCAUGUGGGACGCUACGUCACAGCAGCCCAUCAACCACUGUAUUGUCUGCUACAAGGUGUAGCAGAAAUGAAUUCGAAUUCCCACAGGACGAAAUGGCCAAACUCAUAGAGAAGUUUUGGCGUCUUGAAGAAGCGUGCUUUCAAGACUGGGAACCAAAGCAACAUGACGAAUGCGAGGCGGAAAGUCACUUCCGCACAACGUUAGAGAUCGCUCCCGACGGGAGAUACAUUACACGAAUGCCCCUACGGGGGGAGCCGUCAUCGUUAGGCGACUCUUAUCAACAAGCAUAUAGAAGAUUCACAUCGCUUGAGCAAAGGCUCAAGCGGAAUGCAGACCUGUACAAAGAGUACAGGGCAUUCAUGAAUGAAUAUGAAACACUGGGACAUAUGGUACCAGUCACCACAGAAGACUUUCACAAAGUAAAGUAUUUCAUCCCUCACUCGUGUGUGGUGAAACCAGAUUCAACAUCCACCAAGGUUAGGGUGGUGUUCGACGCAAGUGCAAAGACGUCAACCGGAGUAUCCCUGAACGAUAUACAAAUCGUGGGACCAACCAUACAAAAGGACUUAUUUGAUCUGCUAAUUGAUUUCAAGACGCACAACGACGUGCUAGUAGCAGAUAUUGCAAAGAUGUACAGACAAAUUCACAUCGCAUACACAGACACUUGGUUACAAUGUAUUUUGUGGCGCGACAGCCCCAAUGAUCAAUUGAAAGCGUAUAGACUGACGACUGUCACAUAUGGUGAAGCGUCUUCAUCAUUCUUGGCCUGUAGGGCACUACACGAAGCAGCUGAAGAUUAUCGGUCGGUAAAUCCGAGAAUUGCCGACACCAUUCAACGAUCGUUCUAUGUUGACAAUCUAAUGAUUGGAGCGUCCAACGCAGAUGAACUGACGGAGACGAAACGAGAAAUAGAGCAUGCAUUGUCACUUCAUGGAUUUCCACUUCGAAAGUGGGCAUCAAACAACGCAAGCGUACUGGAAGGAAUUCCAGAGAAAGACUUGGAACCAUUGAUCCAAGUUGGUGACCAAGAGGUCAUAAAGACAUUGGGGAUAGCCUGGAACCCCAAAACAGACGUGUUCCAGUUCAUCAGUACGAAAAACAUAGGUGAAACAUACGAAGCGCUCACAAAGCGACAGAUGGUCUCGAAGAUUUUGAGACUGUAUGACCCAAUCGGAUUGAUACAACCUGUAAUCAUUACAGCUAAAAUAUUGAUGCAAGAAUUGUGGACUUAUAACGUCAGCUGGGACGAUGAUGUUCCAGAUCAAGCACUAAGCUCAUGGAAGAAGUUCGAAGCUUCAUUAGUGGAGCUCAGCAAGAUAGAAAUACCUCGGAUGUCGACUCCGAGUCAUACGAUCGCACUAGAUUUACACGGAUUCAGUGACGCCUCCGAAAAGGCUUAUGGAUGCGUCAUUUACUUACAUGCAAUCAACUUAAAAGGAGAAGAGAGUACGAAUCUCUUAUGUUCGAAAUCGAGAGUGGCGCCUUUGAAGAAGGUCACUCUGCCCCGUCUGGAACUCUUGGCGGCGGCACUUCUAGCAGAACUAACUGCUAAAAUAAAGAGCAUUCUGGCCGGUCGAAUCUCGUCGGAAUAUUACUACAGUGAUUCACAAGUAGCGCUAAGUUGGAUCAAAUCUUCAAAUACACGUUGGGGAACCUUCAUUAGAAAUAGAGUGCAGAAGAUACACUCCACCACGAAUCCAGAGCAUUGGAAAUAUAUAUCUACGAAAGAAAAUCCGGCUGAUAUGGUUUCGAGAGGAAUUCCAGUCAGAAAAUUACGCGAAGCAAAACUAGAAUUUUGGUUACACGGACCGGAAUGUAUACGAAGAAGACAAUAUUAUCUGCAGAGCGGCUACGAAUACACUGCUGCUGCAGAACAGGAAGAGAUUAAAGAACCAAUAACACGAUUGGUAGCAGCAACAGGAAAGGCAUGCGAAGACUUAAUCGCAAAAUACCCGCACCAUCACACUCAUGACAAAACAGUAAGACACUUUGCAUGGCUGUGUAGAGCCAUAAACAAUAUGAAGAAGGUCAAUAAAGACACAGGCAUCAGAAACGAAAAGAGAUCGGGCCCACUCACCACCACUGAAUUGAAUGAAGGACUAACACUCGUAGUCCGAAUUAUGCAAGCCACUAUUUAUCCAAAUGAAGUAGCGGAAUUACGAAAAACUGGGAAGGUGCCUACGAAAGGACCUUUCCAGCAUCUCAACGCAAUCGUCAGAAAUGGAGUCAUACAUGUCACAGGGAGACUCCACAAUGCAGAAAUGCCCAUCUCACAAAAGAAUCCAAUAUUGAUUCCCAAAUCGCACCCAUUUUCGAGGGUAAUAAUUCAAAAAAUACAUGAGGAUAGAUUUCACGCCGGAACAGAUCUGGUAAUAAACGAAUUUCGACAAAGAUUUUGGAUGAGGGAUCUCCGAAGGACCGUACAAGGAGUCAUUCAACGAUGCAUCUUAUGUGCCAAAGCGCGGCCCAGACGUUUACAGCAACGAAUGGGACAACUGCCCUCGCCCAGGGUAAAUGAAUCAGUAGCGUUCACUCACACGGGAGUGGACUUAUGUGGGCCAUUCGAAGUAUAUCUCAAUCAAAAAUCGAAAUGCAAGACCACAGCAUAUGCUUGCAUCUUCAUAUGUUCUGCGACCAAAGCAGUUCACCUAGAAGUCGUCGAAGAUCAGUCGACGGCAGCGUUCAUAUCAGCACUUCUCCGUUUCACAUCAGUGAGGGGAAUACCCGAGGUUAUUUACUCCGACAAUGGGCGGAACUUUGUCGGGGCCAGCAGAGAACUCAAUCGUUUACGAAGAAUAUAUAACAAUGAAGUUUUUCAAAACAAAUUAGUUGAUAUUGCGGCAACUCACAGAAUAAGAUUUUCAUUCAUUCCACCCCGAAGCCCCAGCUUUGGAGGACUUUGGGAAGCGAACAUAAAGGUAGCCAAGCGGCUCUUUAGUGCAGCGGCCAGAGGAGCACAGCUAAACAUCAUGGAAUUGCAGACACUGUUCUACCAAGUGGCCGCAAUAAUGAAUUCGCGACCACUCACACCUGUUUACACGACGCCAGAUUCACCGACCGCGAUCACACCCGGUCAUUUUUUGAUAGCACGCCCAAUGCUAGCCGUGCCCAUCCCUACGCAGAGUGAGGAUGGAAGCAAUCUCACAACCAGAUGGAAACGAGUACAAUCGCAGCUCGAACAAUUUUGGAGAAGAUGGAGAGACGAGUAUCUCCACCAGUUACGUGAUUAUGCAAAAUGGACCAAGCAACAAGCCAACGUUAAGGUAGGCCAAAUCGUAUUGAUCGGAGACGAUCACCUUCCCGUAGCAAGGUGGCCUAUGGGAAUUGUCACACAAAUACACCCUGGAGAUGAUGGAGUAGUCCGAGUGGCAGUAGUGCGAACCGCUACCGGAAUUUACAAACGCAACGUGCGAACACUUGCUCCUCUACCAGUCGAGGAGCACACCAUUCAACCCAUUAUAGAAGAGUAUGACAACACAGCUGAUAACGAACAGCAAUCUCAAGCCGAAGCAAUCGAACUAGAAGACGAUCCCCCUCCCCAAGCACCCCAAAUGAUUUGGGACGAGUCAUACAGCGCCAUCGAAACGAUGAAAACUCGAAAAGUGUGGAGCACUUCUGUUCCAAAGAUAACACCGGAUAGAUACAGCCAGCAAAAACAACAACAACAACAGAAAGGAAUGAAAAAAGUGGCCGUUUUCCACAGUAAAAUCCCAGUUGAGAUUCGCAAACUGAUCGUGGAUCUGAGAAAUGAAGGCGAAAGCUUGUCCGAAAUCGCAGAUGUUGUGAAUCGACCACGAUCGUCUGUUCAAUAUGUGCUUCAGAACUUCAAGAAAACUAAUUCUUUGGAAACAACUUCUGGAAGAGGAUGCAAGCCAAAGCCCACAGUCCGUCACCAUCGCAUACUUCUGCGGGAAAUCAAACAAAAUCCAAAGUUGAGUGCUCCUAAGUUGGCUGACAGCUUGUCACAAAACGCCAACAUCAAGGUUAACCCUCAAACAAUACGGAAUGUGCUCCAUGACAAAGGGUAUCAAGGAUGCGUUGCACGAAAGAAGCCAUUCAUAUCAGCUAAAAAUAAGAAGAAGCGUCUGGAGUAUGCCCAGAAGUACGUGGUUAGACCAGAGGAGUUCUGGAAGAACCUGAUUUUCACGGAUGAGAGCAUGUUUAACAUUUUUGGUUCUGAUGGACAAUCACCCGAUCUCAAUCCGUUCGAGAAUUUAUGGGACCAUUUGGAGCGGAAGAUCCGUGAACACCAGAUUCAGAACAAGAACCAGCUGAAGGAGGUUCUGAUGCAAGAAUGGCAGAAGAUCUCUCCGUUGGCACUGUCUAUGAAAAGGCGUCUACAGAGUGUGAUUGCUGCGAAAGGAGGCCAUACCAAGUAUUGA